CCAAGAUGUUCUUCUUCGGUCUUGGGAAGCUUGUUUACGUCAUCAUCCUCCUCAUCAACUCCCUCGCUGUCCUCUCCGAAGACCGCUUCCUAGCCAGAAUCGGAUGGGGCCGCACACAAAACGACCCAGCUUUCGGCGCAACCUACGAUACCACCAGCGUCAAAGCGAAGACCAUUAAUCUGAUUGCGAGUGUGAGGACUGUUAUGCGAAGUAUGUCAACGAACCCCAUAUUUCGCUAUUGCAUACCUACUAGUUAUGCGAUGUGUGGGAAAUAAAUGGAAAGAAGAGAGACACAAAGCUAACGAGCUGCGGGGGAUUGUUUCAGUACCGCUUAUUGUGAUAAAUACGAUAAUUAUCGUGUACGAGCUUAUUCUGGGUUAGAGUUGGGAUUGAAAGCUGAACUGGGGAUAAUAUGGUUGAGGAAUGGGGAGUU